UAGUGACUCUGUUUCCGGUUUCUGCAACAUUAGCAACUAUGGACGAUUUUAUGAGCGAAGAUAAGACCACGUUCGUUGUCGAAGAAGUGAGCAAAAUCAUAAAAGAUUCUGUAGAAACGGUGAUUGGAGAAAACUCCUACAAGCACGGCAGGGUGAACCAGUGGACCACCAGCGUGGUGGAGCAGUGCCUCAUUCAGCUCAGCAAGCUGGAUAAGCCGUUCAAGUUCAUCGUAAACUGCAUCAUCAUGCAAAAGAAUGGAGCAGGGCUGCAAACAGCCAGCACCUGCUUCUGGGACAACACUACUGACGGAAGCUGCACAGUGAGAUGGGAAAACGACACCAUGUACGUCAUCAUUAGCGUUUUUGGGCUGGCCAUCUAAAAUUAUAACAUUAUUAAAACUUUGUUAGAUUUUCUUGUUUUCCACUAAGUAGAAUGUUGGGUGAAAUUUUAUGAAAUGUUUGUAUGUUAAGUGCAAUUAAACACAAUCUUAAUA